AUGGGACUUGACAACAAAUAUUACGAUAUUCUUGGUGUAUCACGUGACUCCAAUGAGACUGAGAUCAAGAAGGCUUACAGAAAGUUGGCCAUUAAGUAUCAUCCAGACAAGAACCAGGACCCAAGUGCUGUGGAGAAGUUCAAGGAGAUCACUGUAGCCUAUGAGGUGUUGUGUGACAAGGAGAAGAGAGAGCUUUAUGACAAAUACGGAGAGGAGGGAUUGAAGGAGGGCGCCGGCGGAUUCGGCGAGGACAUAUUCUCACACUUCUUUGGAGGUGGCGGUAACUUCUUUGGCGGUGGCGGUCAGCGUCGUCGUGGCCCAAGAAAGGGAGAGUCACUCCAGCACGUUCUCAAGGUCAGCCUUGAGGAUCUGUACAGAGGCAAGGUGUCCAAGUUGGCACUGCAAAAGAACUCAAAGUGCCCAGACUGUGAUGGAAAGGGUGCCAAAACCGCCGACGCCGUCAAGAAGUGUGACGACUGUCACGGCAACGGUGUCAAGGUCCAGCUCAGACAGAUUGGACCAGGCAUGGUGCAGCAGAUCAAGCAGCAGUGUAACACUUGCAGAGGCGAGGGCCAAGUGAUCAGAGAGAAGGACCGUUGCCAGAAGUGCAAGGGUAACAAGACCAUUCAGGAGGAAAAGACACUCAAGGUCAACAUUGACAGAGGUAUGAAGAACCAGCAAAAGAUCGUCUUCUCCGAGGAGGGUGACUACGAGUCGCCCGACAUCACUCCAGGUGAUGUCAUUGUCAUUUUACAACAGAAGGAGCACACCUCCUUUAUGCGCGACGGCGACGACCUCAUCAUGGAGCAGAAGAUCACCCUGCUCGAGGCUCUGACAGGCUUCACCUUCUACAUCAAGCACCUCGACGACCGUGUCCUCACCGUUACCAACCCACCCGCCAAGAUCAUCACACCCAACGCCAUCAAGUGCAUACAUAACGAGGGUAUGCCCAAGUACAGAAACCCAAUGGAGAAGGGCAAGCUGAUUGUAAAGUUCGUCGUUAACUUCCCAACCGACGGCCAGAUCGCCCCAGAGAGUGCCAAGCUCUUGGAGAAGGUGUUGCCCAAGCCCAAGCCAGCCCCCAAGCCCACCAGCCACGACGGCAUCGACGAGGAGGUCGUCCUGUCCGACUACGACCAACCCAAGCGUAGCGCCGCUGGCGCCGCACACAGAGCCGAGGCCUACGAGGAGGAGGAUGAGGAUGAGCACGGUGGUCACCCACAAGGAGUCGCCUGCCAACAGCAAUAA